AUCGGAAAACCCAUUAUUCAGUCAACGUGUACAGAAAGCAAAAUCCAAAAUGGUGUCCGACUUCAGAAAGAAGAAACUCCUUCACGUCUUCCAAGCAUUCUUUGACACAGACAAGAGUGGUAGCAUUGAUAAGAAUGACUUCGACUUGGCAGCCGAGAAGAUCGCCAAGUUGCGCGGCUGGUCUGCUGGAGACGCCAAGUUCAAAGAAGUUCAGGAGUCAUUGAACAAGAUCUGGGAAUCUCUGCAGAAGAGGGGUGAUGCUGAUAAUGACGGUAAAGUAUCUGCUGACGAAUGGGUAGCAAUGUGCGAUGAUUACGCUAAGAACCCAUCAGCUGUUGAAUGGCAGAGCCUUUAUAUGAAGUUCAUAUUUAACCUGGAAGACGCAAGCAGCGAUGGCUCGAUCGAUAGUGAGGAAUUCUCCUCGGUAUACGUGUCCUUUGGUCUGAACAAGGACGAAUGUGUCGCGGCCUUCCAAAAGAUGGCUAAGGGCAAACCCAACGUAUCCUGGCCAGAAUUCCAAGAGCUAUGGAAGGAAUACUUCACAUCUGAUGACGCCAAUGCCCCUGGCAACUUCAUCUUUGGCAAAACUAGCUUCUGAUUCAUUUGAUCUGUACUAACGUGGCUUGAAUAUGUAAAUUAUUUAUGUGUAGUUAAUAAGGUUUGGAAUUGUGAUACUGAAAAGACUUUAAAAAGUUUGAUUUUUGGAUUGUACGUAAAUAAAUUAUGAUGCUUUA